UUUUCGUAUAUAACAUAUUCCCGAGACGCAUUGAAUAUUGAGUUCAUUCAAUAGAGGAAAGUAACCCAAAAGACAGUUUGAAAUACAAACUGCGCAUUCAUUCAUACUUUGAUACCCAUUGGUAGUAAGUAACUAGCAUCGGUGUAGUUGCAGCGACAACGCCAUGAACAAUUUAGUUUCGCAAUCGCAACGCUCCAAUCUUGCUCAUGAUCCAGCUUCUCCAAAAACACCGAUUUCCCCGCUGGUUGAUGUUGAUGGAAACAAACAAUCUCUGAAGAAAAAUGAUGGUGAAGAGGAGGUUGAAACUAAAAUGAAGCCUUUUGAUAUUUGCACCCCCAAACAAGUUGGAAAUCCCAAACAAGCUGGAAAUCUUGUUACAUUGAAGCCAUCUUUGUUUGCAAAAAACAGAGAAAAAAGGAAGGAAAUGAAACAACAAAGCGGCAAAGGAACUGAAUUAAGACCUGGGAUGGUUCUUUUGAAGGGUUACAUUUCAUUAGACGAUCAAAUUAAGAUAGUGAAAGCUUGUAGGGAACUAGGGUUAGGCCAAGGAGGAUUUUACCAACCUGGUUAUGAGGGUGGAACUAAGUUGCAUUUGAAAAUGAUGUGUCUUGGUAAAAAUUGGGAUCCUCAGACAAGUAAAUAUGGAGAUCAUCGACCGUGCGAUGAUUCUGUUCCGCCGAAAAUUCCCGAUGAAUUUCUGAAAUUGGUUCAGUCUGCAAUCAAUGAUUCAGAUUCUGUCACUGAACCAUCUAAAUCCAAACCGUUUCCCUCAAUCUCUCCUGACAUUUGUAUUGUCAAUUUUUACGCAGAAAAUGGACGGCUUGGUCUUCACCAGGAUAAGGAUGAAAGUGAACAGAGUAUUCGUGACGGAUUGCCGGUGGUGUCAUUCUCUAUUGGAGACACCGCAGAGUUUUUGUAUGGUGAUGUAAACGAUGUUGACAAGGCAAAGAAAGUUCUUUUGGAAUCUGGGGAUGUUUUGAUAUUUGGUGGGAAGUCUAGAAAAGUCUUUCAUGGUGUUGCUGCUAUUAAGAAAGACACUGCACCUCUCCGGUUGUUUGAAGAAACUAAUAUGCGUAAACCUGGCCGAUUGAAUCUUACUUUCAGACGGUAUUAGAUUAAAAGGCCUCUCCAUUUUGACUUUCUUAUAUUAGGUGUGAAAUGUACGUCGUCAGUUAUAUGGGGCAUGGCUUCUAAUGCCAAUUUCGUAUCCAUUUUGGGUUGUCUAUCUGUAUAUUGUUUCUCACUUUUCAGAAUCUUGUAAUCUUAAAUGACACUGACCGUCGAAGUAUGAAUGAAUUUUACUUUCUCUCAA